CUAGUUCUUGUCUGGUUCAUACAAAGUGUAAUGAAAAUCCGCCAAUUAUUUGAACAUGUGUUGGGGAAGGCACAGACGGACACAUGGGUGCUUUGAAGCGAGGUUACUAUAAAAGAACUAGUCUUUAUUCAUUUACAUGGCUAAUACCCAAUACGAAUAGUGUAUCUUUCUGUUUCAGCUAACUGAAGUACAUAAUUGGUGAAAUGGAGCCAGUGUGCACGUGCAAUGAGAGAAGUCGAAUAAACAGACGCACGAUCCUCACCACAACAAUCGAAGGCAACGAUAGUCGACCGAACGGAAAUGCGAUUAGUAGUUUAUUGAAUUACCGCAGUGGCAGAAGUCGUAGCUGUUUCCUCAUAAAAGAAACAAAACGACAGAAGCGACACUGUAGCAGCGACGGUGCAAUUAAGAGUAAAGAAAACGAUGAUGGCGGUUUACUCCUGAACGAAAAGUUCGUACGGACAAGUGAUGAUGCUGUCACGGAGAAACGGAAGUGUUCGUCAAAGGUUUGCGAGACUGCAUUAAGCGGAGUUGAAACUAGCAGUCGUUUACGCCAGCAUGUUGUUACGACUGGAAGUUGUAACAACAGUGCAAGCAGCAGCAGUGGUGAGUUGUGGGACGAAGAGAUUGUACUGCGUCACAUUAAAGAAUGCCGCUGCACGUGUAACCACAUGGGAUACGGAAAUUACCUCGAUUGGAGCGAGCAUCUAUCUGCUGUACCACCUGCACCACCGCGAUGCCUAACCCCGCGUUCGUACGGCUCCGCGGACUGCACGGCGCGUCUCAGCGUGGCGCAUGCGCACAAGAAGUUAAGUCCAGGAAGUGGCAGUUAUUCUCUCACGACAGACCCAAGCACCCCUCCUAGUGACAAAGGAUCCGCGCCACGGUCGUGGUGCCUCGCCUGCAUGCUACUAGUCCUACUCACUCUCACAGGGAUCGGUGUGGUGCUGCCACUGACCGCCAGGUUACGUCACGAUUCACGUAACUUGGAUUAUCUGUCAGCCGUUCAUUCUAUGCUGAGACAAGUUCCUCUUGUGGAUGGACACAACGACCUCGCUUGGAACGUCCGGAACUUUGUGCACAACCAAUUGCAGCGGUUCAACUUCUCCGCUGACCUGCGGACGGUGGCUCCGUGGGCCAUGAGCUCCUGGUCGCACACUGACCUUCCGCGGAUGCAGCAAGGAAUGCUGGGAGCACAGUUCUGGUCUGCGUACGUGCCGUGCGAGGCGCAGUAUAAAGACGCCGUCCAACUGACGCUGGAGCAGAUCAACGUAAUUCGACGUCUGGUAGACGGCUACAGCGCGGAGCUGCAGUUCGUCACUUCCGCUGAAGGUAUCGAAAAUGCUCACAAGGCUGGAAGGAUCGCCAGCCUGGUUGGGGUCGAGGGAGGUCAUUCGCUAGGGGCAAGCUUGGGUGUGCUUCGAGCCAUGUACGACCUGGGGGUGAGGUACCUUACGCUCACACAUUCCUGCCACACACCUUGGGCAGACUCGUCCUCAGCGCCGGUCUCCGACGGCAACACCAGACGCGAAGGACUCACGGGAUUUGGAAAGGUGGUGGUGCGAGAGUUGAACCGGCUCGGUAUGCUAGUGGACCUGUCUCACGCAGCACACGAAACCGUUCUCGCUGUACUCGAGACCACACGUAGUCCUGUAAUAUUUUCACAUUCUUCUGCGCAAGCGCUGUGCAAUACCUCCCGCAACGUUCCAGACCACGUUCUAAGGCUUGUGGCGGAGAACGGUGGCCUCGUGAUGGUCAGCUUCUACGCCGACUUCCUGACGUGUACCACGGUCGCUCGGAUGGAAGACGUCAUGCGUCAUGUGACCCACAUCCGUGACGUUGCCGGGGAGGACCACGUGGGAAUCGGAGCCGGAUAUGAUGGCAUUAACAGGACCCCCGUAGGACUUGAGGACGUGUCUCGGUACCCGUAUCUCCUAGCGGAACUGGCGAGAACUAAAGGCUGGACCAUGAGUCAACUGGAGAAGUUAGCAGGACGCAACUUCUUACGAGUUUUCAGAAAAGUUGAAAAGGUGAAGGAAGAGCUCCGGCGACUGGCCGUGGACCCGUACGAAGACUGGAUACCACCGUCAGAACUGCAGGAAUACAACAAAGAUGGCUGUCUAGGCCGAUGAUGUUUAUACAACAUGAUUUUGUCAAUUGAUCCAGAAUCGUAUAUUUUUUAAUUGCAACAAUGCGGCACGUAGCUCACUGUAUGAACCGACCGUAUGAUUUCCACACGCAGUUGGAUUCGUGAAUGUGUGAAUGGGUGUAGAUAUUGUCACAAAAUGUACUGUUACCUUUUUUGCGAAUUUUACUAUAAUAUUUAAAACAAUGGACAGGUAUUCCUAUGACAUUUUUAUUUUUACGUUGGUGGAAAGAACAUUUGUUUGAAAGAGAGUAAUUUUCCUUUAGCAUAUUCAAUGUAUAUUUCGGUUACAAUAAAAUGUGACUUAGAUUUAUCCUUUAAA